CAAAGCUUCCCUGACCAUUUCGCAAGUAGAAUCUUAAAUCUUAAUGAAGAAACACCAACUUCAACUACAUAUCUCGAACUUCCCACACCCGGAUAACUACCCACCAUAUCGCUCUUCCCGAAUACGAUACGAUCCUUAAAUCAAUCCAAAUCCUUUCCCCUUUAAGAGAGUUCACCAAGAAUCCUUUAGUUGUGGCAUCGUAGUCAUGAAUCGACCAGGUGCCGUGCCACAAACCCUUCGAGGGAUACCGACUGGAUUCGGUGGCCAGCAACAGCCCCAACAACCAGGUAGAGCAGUAUCAAAUCGAUUACCAAACGGAAAACUAGCGAACAACGGAGCUGGAUGGGCCUUUGGUGGUGUUCCUAUGGGGGGUGCAAGUCUUCAGACGUCGUCACGACAACUGGGCGGCAACCUUAGUUUUGCACAAAGCCUGAGUGGUUCCCAGCCGGCAACACCACUUGACUUAUCUAGCGAAUUUCCGUCUCUAUCCAACAACUCGCAACUACCAAGCGCAAGCUCCUCCUCGUUAUGGUCAACUGCAGGAUCAAGGGGCAUGAGUGGAACGAUACAGAGGAAUCAGCAACCCACCCCACUUUCCUCUCAACAUACGCAACAGGACGACUUUUUCUCUUCUUCUCGGAUGGGUUCCAAUCAAGGUCAAUACCGCUUUGGCAGCCAAAGAGAUGUGGCUCAGUCGUCACAACCCCAACCUAACAGCAUUGAUGAUUUCCCGCCCUUAAAUAACAACAACAUUAGAAACGGCAAUGGAGAGAUUGGCCAGGAGCGCGCAUCGAAUUUGAUGUCAACACUCGGAUUUGGUGCUCAAGGAGGUGCAGCCCCGGGGCCUUUACAGGGCUCUUUGCAGGGCUCCUUACAAGGCUCCUUACAAGGCCCUAGACCUGGCAACGGGCUGCUAAACGCGUUGUCCGCCAACACACGAACGACGGAAAUCCGUUCUCCGGAUGGGUCCAACGCGCCGGGUGCUUCGCGGCCGCAGGAGAUUAGAAGUGCUGGGUCUGGAGCUAACGAUGAGGGUCGAUCCAAACCACCAGGCUUCCGAGAAGACAGUUUAGCCUCUCAGUCAUCUGCCCAAGAUCCAACGACGUUGGUAGAUGGCAGGAACCCGCUUGGUGCCAUCGGAAGCAAUGAUACACCCGGAAAGAGCACCGACGAGAAGGACGACCAGACAUCCGUGCAUGAUCCCUUGUCAGGCAUGGCACCUAUUGAUAAAUGGGGAAUCAAGGGCCUUCGCACGCUAAUGAAUAACUACCCGGACUUCAACGCGGCCAUCACUGGAUUAGAUCCCACAACUCUGGGUGUAGACCUCACCUCUCCCCAACCUUUGUCAACCCAGAUUUUCUCGCUUUUUAAUGAUGCUGCCCCGCGACCAGCUAUCCCCGAGUUCCGGUUACCCGAAUGUUACAACGUAAACAACGUUCAGCCUCUGGAAAACAAGAUCAGCAACUUUAACGAAGAGACGCUGAUGUGGAUCUUCUACAGCUGUCCUGGGGAUCUCAAACAGCACCUGGCUGCGCAUGAAUUGUAUAAUCGUGCGUGGCGAUGGCAUAAAAAGUUAAAGAUUUGGUUGACCAAGGACGAGAUCAUGCAGCCACGAAUACUCAGUACGCAACAUGAGGAAGGCUAUUACAUCAUCUGGAACACUACAGAUUGGCGUAAAGAACGACGUACUCUCACUCUCCACUAUGCAGAUUUGGAGACUAGCAAUGCGGCUCUAUCGUGACGAGUGAGGGCGUUGGAGUGUUAGCUGGCGUUGAUUUGUGGAAUACGAAACCCUGGGGACAUGGUUAAUUGCGGUUACUGAUGGCUUUUGUGCACCGGUAGUCAUGGCAUAGUACCCAAGUCGGCAGAUAGGCGUUCGUACAGACUUUCCAGGUAUCAAAUCAUCAAUACAGGAUUUCUAAAUCCA